GUCCAGGAUCACUUCCAGCGGGUAUAUAUACCGGACUCCUCUCCCCCUUCAUGGCAACACGACUUGAAACUCUUUACCCAUAUUCACAAAUUACUAAACUAAAAUCGAAAUGUCGAACCGUGCCGAAAGAAUCGCAGAGGAUGAUUAUGAGAGAAAGAAUGAUGCUUCGCCUGUGACCGGAACUUUCACAGAUAACUCAUAUAAAGAGAAUCGCUCAAACCUGAAAGGUCAGGUUCCCGUCCAGGGAGACAAUGAGCGAUAUGAAGAUCCCAUUCAACCUCCAUACUCUAAUACUGAUCAGCAGUUAGAGGAGGACGAAAACGAGGCGAUCGAUAAGUCCAACAUCUUGAGGGGAGACCGCCUCCGCCAUGCAAAGCCUCGAACUUCGAACAAGUACAAUGAGGGGCCAGAGGAGGAUGAUUUGCCGGCCGAAGAAUGAUUCGCAAUCGUUCUUUUCCUAUCAGUCUUUACUGGACACCAAAACCCGAACUGCCUUU